GUAACAAGAAGACGAAGAUGGCGUCGAGUUUUCCUGUUCCACAACAACAAGGACAAGGAGAUGCUUGUUAUUUAGCUCUACUCGGGCUUGCGGAACAUUUUAGAACGUCCAGUCCACCGAACUAUAGACUAUGCAUCCAAUGUUUGCAGGGGAUACUUACUCUUACGCCACAUUCACGGAUAGAAGCUCGAACUCAUUUGCAACUAGGAAGUCUACUGUUUCACCACACGAAAAACAUAGAUCUCGCCAGAAAUCACCUGGAGAAAGCAUGGCAUCUUUCACAACCCAUGGCGUCAUUCGAUGAUGUUAAAUUUGAAGUGGCAAGUAUUUUAGCUGAGAUCUAUCAGCUACAGAACAUGGAGAACUUUUCUAAGGGUGUGCUCCGUAAAGCUGUAGAGAUCUCUCAACAAUCACAGUCUGCGUAUUGGCACUGCCGUCUGCUUUUUCAACUUGCUCAACUUCAUGCAGCAGAGAAAGACUAUAUCUCUGCUUGUGGACUGCUUGGAGUUGGGGUAGACUUUGCACACGUAGCUGGAGCAAUUUAUACCAGAAUACUGUUCAUGCUCAGUCGCGCAAUGGUAAUGAUAAUUGAUCACAAGCUGGCCGAGGUGGUGCAAGUGCUGACCGUGUCUGGUCAGUUGAUUGACCAGUGGAAUGGACCGCCGACUCAGAAGGAGUCACUGCGAGUGUUCUACCUGGUACUGCAGGUGUGCCAAUAUCUCAUGGUUGGCCAGGUAAAGAGCGUGAAGCCGUGCUUGAAGCAGCUGCAGCAGAGCAUCCUCAGCAUUACCUCGCUUCACACGGACGACGAUCCAUUGCCUAGCAACCCCGUCGAGAUGUUUCACUGGCUGCCGAAGGAGCACAUGUGUGUGCUCGUCUAUCUGGUGACUGUGAUGCAUUCGAUGCAAGCUGGCUACAUGGACAAAGCACAGAAGUACACAGAUAAGGCCCUGAUGCAGAUUGCCAAGCUUAAAAUGGUCGACUCCCAUCCGAUCCUCUCCACAUUCCAACUGAUGCUUCUGGAACACAUCAUCAUGUGUCGUCUGGUGAUGGGAAAUAAAACAAUGGCUGUACAAGAGAUUGUGCAGGCUUGCCAGCUAUGUCACCAGCAUCCGAACCUGAUGUCGACUCACCGGCCGCAGGUCCACACGCUGCUGGGUCUCUAUGCGAUGUCGAUGAACUGCAUGGAGGCAGCGGAGACGCAGUUCAACACUGCGCUGCGGUUGUCGACGGAGAACGAACUGUGGACGUUCAUCAACCUGAACCUGGCCAUUGUCUACCUGCGCACGAAUCGCGAGGCCGACCUCAUGGGCCUGCUGGAACGCAUCGACCCCGAACGCAUAGUCGCCAACUCCCACAGCAUCAAGGCAUCUGCUUACUACGUUCGGGGAUUGCAGUCCUUCUUCCAGGCUCGCUACAACGAGGCAAAGCGAUAUCUGCGUGAGACUCUGAAGAUGGCGAAUGCUGAGGAUCUGAACAGGCUCACGUCGUGCUCGCUGGUCCUUCUUGGACACAUAUUCCUCUCCAUCGGCAACAGCAGGGAGAGUGCGAACAUGGUGAACCCUGCUAUGCAGCUGGCGAGCAAGAUCCCCGACCUUCACGUUCAGCUGUGGGCGUCGGCCCUGCUUAAAGAUCUGUACCACCUGUGCGGCGAUCCGGUGCGGGAGAACGAGGGAUUCCAGCUGCACACAAACUUCUCCAACCUGCUGCUAGACGACUACUUUCAAUCGUCGCGUCUGCCUGCCCACAAUCUCAUCCAGUGGACGGAGGGCCCUUUUCCGAUCACAUCUUUUCCCCUCUCAUCAGCUGUGGGGCCAGGAGCUGAAAUUCUCUAGGGUGCUGUGUGCAUUUCUCAACAAGUUGUGGACAAGUGGAAUCCAGCCACAGAUGCAGAAACUAAUUUUUCUCCGUGUGGGAGAAACAUCUGAAACUUCAAAUUUUAUUUUUAAUGUGCACUGGAGUGAACUGUGUCGCGACAGGGUACUGAAUUUGUGUACAUAGUGUGUGACUUGUUUAAGUGUACGUGCAUAUUCGUAUGCAAACUCUCUGCUUGCUUUUUUUCUAAACAAAAUUAGGUCAGAUGUAUGUACUUAAGUUUUAAUUAGGAACUAGAAGCGAAUUUGUAAGCAUUUUUCUUUAGUAAUUUAUGAUUAUGCCAUAUUAGAUUUUAUGCUUGAUGAAGGAAGGUUGAAUGCGUGGUGAGUUGUCAGUGUGGUCAAGGUUGCAGAAUGUGGCUGCUUGUAUCCCAUUUGCGGCCAGCCGUCUACCGUGAGUUGAUAUCCGAAAUUUACCUGUGUAACGUCGUGGAGGUUGGUGUUUGUAGGUGUUCAUGUUUGUUACCACUCGGGUGUAACGAUUAUAACUAGGCCUUCGGCCCUGUGCAAUUGUGUAAACAAUACAAUAAUGUAUGCACGCGUUCUAGGACGGGGGCGUAGCAAUAUAUGAUGAGUGCACGAGAGGAAGAAAUCAUGAAGUGUAUGGAUACUAGAGUUUUACGUGCGAAAUCGGUUGCUAAGUUUUUAUUAGGCUAAGAAAAAACCCUACGAAUGGUUGUGAACAGUGCAUGAAAGGUUGUCAUAGAAAGUGCUGCCCUCUGCUGUAGAUGCUUGUCAAACGCAAUGUGUAGGUAAUGCUACCCGCAAUUUGCUACAGUAUCCUUGUACAUAAUCGUAUGACUCCAAGUUUAUUUUUCGUGUAAAUAAGUGCAAAUGUAAUCAUAAGUGGAUAUUUAAUUAUUGCAUCAAUUAGCAUGCUUUUCUGUAUGAUAGGAAAAUCAGCAUCUUCAUUAUGUGAGAUGACUAGCAGUAACAUAAAGGGUCGAUGAAAUCACUGGGUAAUUGUUUUAUCUUAUUUGAUGUAUUUACAUAUAUUAGAAAUCCUCAGUGCAUGAUAAUUUUAUCUGUCACGUAGAAACGUAGAAUGUGAUUGAGUGAUUCCCAUCGAUGAAAUACCAAAUCCUAUCGUUGAAGAUUCCAUCAAAAAAGGAAUUUUAAAUUCGUGACUGGCACCUUUUUAUUUGUUUUUAACAGUUCCUGAUAAUAAUUUGAACACAAUUGGCACGCUUUACCUAUGUCAUAUUCGUCGUUGGAAAUAGCACUAUAGCAUAUGUGACAGUGAAUGGAAAAACCUUGCGCAGUGAAAGCUACAAGUGGUUUGGCAAAUAUGCGUACUUCACUGAAGUUCACGUGUAUGCAUGUGCAGCGUACGUCGGCACACAGUUUUGAUGCUAACAUUCCCCGUUGUAGACUGUUGUAGUAACACUUGUUAGUUGGUUACGAAUUGCUUUGGUGGUUGUCGUUUGUUCGUGCACGAAAAAGAACGUUAGUUUCACUACCAGAGAGAGAGAAAAAAACAGAUGAAAACUUACUAAUUAGGCAGAUAUAUUUGUAUAUAAAUGCUAUCACGAUCGGGUUUAACAACUUAAAAGUAAUAAAGUUUUUCCCGCGCGAAUCUGCAUCAGUUUGUUUUCUUCAGCGUCCCAUCCACUCUAUGUUGCUCGCUCUCUCACGCGAAGAAAUUAUUGCCAGAGAAAGUUAGCGUGCGUGGAAAAGUGUGUGUGUGAGCAUGUGUGGAGAGAGCCAGUGCUCGUACGGGGCAGUACCUAACUAUGCAACACGCGUCGUCUGCGCUGAAGUUUGUAGAGUCGAGUAGUAGAGCGAUUGCGCGCCGCCGUUAACUCUCCUGUUAACGAGAGCAGAGUUAGCGCGCGAAACUUUUUACGAUGUAUUUACAUAAAAAUAAUAAUAAAUUCACUACUAACAGUAUA